GGCUGUCUUUUCUCCCUUCUUUAUGAAGAGGGUUGGGACCUUCCUUCCCCGGCCCUGGAUCUGCAGUCAUCCUCAGACCUUCACCUGGGGACCUGCCCUGCGGUCCAGGCAGCAGGAAUAGCUCCAGUUGAAGAGUCUGGAUAUUGUCCCAGGUGUGCGCACUGGAAAGGAAUCUUCUUGAAUGUCCCUUCCAGCCAGAUUCAAUGGGUCAGUGGCCAGAAGCUGUAUGCCCAGCACUGCUCUGGGAGCUCUGAGAAGUGUUUUUAGUGGAACCUGAGCAAGUAGGUGACAUCUCACGUGAGGUCACUUUGCUUAUCUCCACAUGGUGGCAGGGGGUUGAUGCAGACCCCGGGGAUGUUUGCAAGUGGCUGGUCCUUGUUUGGGGGAGUUUGCUGGAAUGGAAUCAGGUAAGGCAUGCGGAACAGCUGAGGAAGGACGGCACUGCAGCACUGGGGUGAGAUGACGACAAUAGGGGACACGGUCCCUGACGUGGGGCCUCCCCGGAUAGACCUGGAGGUUUAGAGAAUCUGGGAACUCAACAGGGAAUUGGCACAGGGGCCACUUCUGCGCUAAGUGGAAACCAGAUGCCACCUUUUAUAGACUUUGGACUUUGCUCCUUAUUUUGUUUUGCCUCCUAAACUACUGCAUGCCAUGGUGGUAUUUGGAAGGGUGCAGUUGACAAGGAGAGUGCAGUGUAGAAAAAGGUCUGGAGGGUUGAGGGUCCUUUGAUUUUUAUUUUUUUAGGAUUUGUGGUUUUGUCACUCUCUCAUUCGAAAGAGGUGAGGGUGGCUGACAGACAGAAAAAGCUCUAAGACAUGUCUCAUGAGAUGUGCCUGGCUUCCACAGUGUGUUAGAAUGCAGCCUGGUCCUAGGAAACACUCGAGAUAUGACAGUCAAAUUCAAUGCAUGAUCCUUGAUUGGAGCAGAGAUCCAAAAAAAGAUUGAUAAAAAGCAGUUUGGGACAAUGAGAAAAUUUGACAAUGGGUUGUUAUGUUACAGAAUAUUGUAUCAAUAGUGAAUUUCUUUGGUGUGAAGAUGGUACUGUGAUGAUGUGAGAGAAUACCCAUGGGAGAUACAAGCUGAAGAACAUAGGGGAGAUGUCAGCUGCAACUCACCUUCACAUGGUUCAACCAAAAAUGUGUGUGCAUGUGAGUGUGUGCAGCUACCUCAAGGAAUCCGUGACUUUCAAGGAUGUGGCUGUGGAUUUCACCCAGGAGGAGUGGGGUCAGCUGGACUCCCCACAGAGGGCCCUGUACCGGGAUGUGAUGUUGGAGAACUACCAGAACCUCCUUGCCCUCGGGCCUCUGGUCUACAAGCCAGAUGUGAUCUCCCAUCUGGAACGAGGCGAGGAGCCGUGGCAGGUGCAGAGAGAAGUCCCUGGAGGGUCUCGUCCAGCUGCUCCCCUGUGUAUGGACAGAUAUUUUUUAAAAACCACACACGCCCCUGGAAUUGCAGCACAGGCUUUGGACUCUCGCUCUCUGCACUCACCGUGCCAUGAAUGGGCGCAUGGGCCUGAGACGGAGGAGUCCUCCCAACAGCCGGAUGUUUGUAAAGAACUGUCCCUGGAGCCAGCUGUGGGGCGAGCGCCCAGGCUGGGCCUUCACGGAGCCGGCCUGGGAGCCGGCCUGGGAGACGCUCCGUGGGCCUGGGAGAGCCAGGCGGGUGCUCUGCAGCCCGGCCCCACUGAGCGCUGGCAGGCAGCAUCCGCCACCCCCAGGGCCGUCUCUGCGGAGUCAGGCCACGGGGAGUCCGAGGAGAAUCUCCUGCUUAGGUGUGCCCUGUCUGCCCAGCAGAGCAUGCCCCCAGGAGGCCACUGUCCUGACAGACACAGCAAGGACGUGCAGUCCCCUGGGGACGGAACCGAAGGCCCGGCCAGGACAUGGACCAGGGAAAACCCUCUGGAGUCCAGGGAGCCGGGUAAGUCCCCCCACGCACCCAAGCGGGCAGCAGGCGCCAGAGCUGGCCCGUUCGCUUGCAGCGAGUGCGGGAAGGCCUUCCGCCAGAGCUCGUCGCUCACGCUGCACCAGCGCUGGCACGGCCGGGAGAAGGCCUACCAGUGCAGCGAGUGCGGCAAGGCCUUCACCUGGAGCACCAACCUGCUGGAGCACCGGCGCAGCCACACGGGCGAGAAGCCCUUCUUCUGUGGCGAGUGUGGUAAGGCCUUCAGCUGCCACUCGUCCCUCAACGUGCACCAGCGCAUCCACACGGGCGAGCGGCCCUACAAGUGCGGCGCCUGCGACAAGGCCUUCAGCUGCAGCUCGCUGCUCAACAUGCACCUGCGCGUGCACACGGGCGAGAAGCCCUACAAGUGCGGCGAGUGCGGCAAGGCCUUCAACCAGCGCACGCACCUCACGCGCCACCACCGCAUCCACACGGGCGAGAAGCCCUACAAGUGCGGCGCCUGCGGCAAGGCCUUCACCUGCCACUCGUCCCUCACCGUGCAUGAGAAGAUCCACAACGGGGACAAGCCGUUCAAGUGUGGCGAGUGCGCGAAGGCCUUCAACAGCCGCUCGCGCCUCACGCUGCACCAGAGGACGCACACGGGCGAGAAGCCCUUCCGGUGCGCCGACUGCGGCAAGGCCUUCAGCUGCCACGCCUACCUCAUCGUGCACCGGCGCAUCCACAGCGGCGAGAAGCCCUUCAAGUGCAACGAGUGCGGCAAGGCCUUCAGCUCGCACUCCUACCUCAUCGUGCACCAGCGCAUCCACACCGGCGAGAAGCCUUUCGACUGCAGCAGGUGCUGGAAGGCCUUCAGCUGCCACUCGUCCCUCAUCGUGCACCAGCGCAUCCACACGGGCGAGAAGCCCUACAAGUGCCGCGAGUGCGGCAAGGCCUUCAGCCAGAACCACUGUCUCAUCAAACACCAGAAGAUCCACUCCGGAGAGAGAGCGCUCAAGUGCAGGGAGUGCGGGGAGACGUUCAGCUGGAGCUCCCACCUCCUGGAGCACCAGAGGCUGCACAGCCAGGAAAAGCCCUUCGCCCUCCAGUUCAACAAACACCUGCUGAGCACGUACUAUGUGCCCGGCAGUCUGCUGGGCGCAGGGGAGACAGGGGGCAGGGACGUGGACCCGAUGAACCCACUGGACAUGGCCAAGCUCUUGUGUGUGGUUCCGCCCCCAGCCAGCAGGAGUUUCCCCCUGGGGAGCAAACCUGGCAACUAACGUGAUGCAGCCACCUUCGGAGCCAUCCAACCUGUGUCCCCUCCUGGCUGUGCGGGUCCAGGCCGCAGGUUGGUCCAGAAGCAUGACCCUUGUCUUAUCGCCUGGUCAGGUGGACAUGCCGUGACAUCUCCUUUAAUUACAGUCAGUCACCUCCCUGCAAGGGGUACACUUCAGGGAGAGCCUUAGGGCCAUUUCAGGAAGCCCUGUCACCUGUUUUCCUUGUUGGGUCUGGAAGUCAUCGCCAAGGAAACAGAUCGUUCCUACAGAUAAAAAGAAGGUGUAUGUCAACUAUUGUGUCCUCAGACGGGCAUGGUUUCUAGUUGGAAUUUCCUCUGUAAACUGCUAUGUUCAGAAUAAGAAUGAUAAAGUAGAAGAAUCAGUAACAGCAUUACUUCCCAGUGAACACUGUCAUGUUUCUGGAGGGCAGCAUAAUCUUGGAUGGUGGGCAUUUGGAAAAAAGUGAAUUUCCUGGACGUACCUUGUGUAAAUAGCUCUACUGCAGAGCCGUCUGUUACUAACAGCACAGUCGGGUGGGCUCUGUGGUCAGCCCAAAUGGGACCCUUAUACAAACCCCAGGAGAGGUGACCCUCCCCAUGGCCACGCUCUCCAGGGAUAGGAAGACAGACUUAAUCUAGAGUGUCUCUUCUACUCAGUCUGAAGCAAGAAUAAGCUGCCCUCGCAGUGGUAAUACAUCUGUAUAGAGUGCUGUAGCUGAUGAAAUGCUUUGGGUAUGCUUUUUAAAACAUGAAGACAAAACAAUCACACUUCAGAAAAUGUAGAUUUAAGAAAAAUAAGAUGCCCAUAAUUCUUAAUAAAACUGCAUUUUGCACUUUGAUAAAG